ACACUACCAAUUUACGCCAUGUUGAAAUAGUUGCUUAGAUAAACAAUUCGGUUUCUAUAUGUUUAAAAUUUAUACAUUUAGCAUUCCCUUUUUAAGAGAGUAGUUUUAAAAAGGUUAAACUCCAUUCUACUUGUUAAAUUUUAACUUAUUCAAUAGAAUAAAACUAUUGACAAUGAGAAAUUAUAUGACUUUACAGAUAUUUAGUCAAAAUUCGUGCCCCUCCUUAAGUUGAAGAUGGCUUUCCGUUCAACAUCUAGUAAACGAGAAGAUGUUUCUAUUCAUCUGAAAGCUCAGAGAUAUAUAAAUUUGAAAAAUGCCAAGGAGCAGACAAAGAAACUAGAAAUGGACAGUAGGAAGAUGGAAGAGCGUUUAAAAGAACUUAAAUUAGCUGUUAACAAAGAAAAGGAGGACAGAAAGAGAUUAACUAAUGGUACUGAUAAUGGAUUUUGGAAAUCUGGUCAAACAGGUCAAUUAACCACUUACGCCAAAGAUGUUUUAGAACAGAACAACGAGAAGAAUAGGAAAAAGACAAAAUUUACUGUUUUGAAAGAAGAAAUAAUUGAACCGAGAAAGGCGUCUGCUGAAACCAAGAAAGUACCUGGUACACUUGCGUAUAUUGCUCAACAAGGCGAAGGUUUUAAAGUCAAAAAUUUUAAAGGACCUAAAUGUGGACAAUGCGAAAUGAAAGGUGCCCAAGUGACAUGUCUGGAAUGUGGAGAAGAUUAUUGCGCAUCUUGUUUCGCUUCUUUUCACCUUAGAGGAGCAUUGAAGAAGCACAGAUCUGCUCCAAUCGCUGCCAAUGGUGCUCGAGGUAACAUAACUCCAAGAACAAGUGCAGCUUCCGAGAGAGCAUCUGAAAAAUCUGCACCGCCACCUCUCAAAGUUUACGAAGAACAGAAUCCAAAUAAACUAACUCUAACUGAAAUUGACUUUAAAAUGAAUGAACCUACCAGCUCAAAAGUUGAAAACAGCUUGUUAGAUGGUGUUUACGAUGAAAAGGCCGCCCAAGACUCUUUCCAAGAGGCACUCAAAGAAUGGAGAGGUGAUGAAACAACUCCGAAACAAACUUCGAAUUCUAGUUCGACCUCUGUCGAAAAAAAGAUAGCAGUUUCAACAACUGAUUGCGCAAUCGGAACUAGCGAUCAGAGAAUAGAUGGGAAGAAAAAAUUGGAGAUAAAAUUCUCUACGAAUUCGCAUUCCGGAUUGAGUUAUGCUGAAAAAUUACUGAUUAAGAAGCAUAGAAGAAACCAAAUAAAUUUUGAAGAACGCCCAGCAAAUAAUGAAGAAAAAUUACCAAUUCAUUCUGAUUCUAAUGUUAAACAGAUAAGAUCUGCUGACAGGCAAAGGGAGAUUAGCUCAAUCGAUAUGAAAGAGAGGGUUGACUUCAAUAGCCUAUACGAAGCUAUGAAAUCAACUUCAAAGACACCUUCAGAGAUUUCUGUAGUCGAUAUUUCUUCACCUCUGCCAAUUCAUUCUCCUAGUCCACCAACUCCAAAUUCUUCGAGAAAACGAGCUUUUGAUCCUGAUCCAGAAUAUUCCUCUAGACGUGCUAUUGUUACUCCGUUUAUUGAACCUAUAGUCGAUAGUCCUCCGCCAAUGACUCCCGAGCCAGUAUGCGUUCAGAAUGUUGAAGAACCUAGACUUGACCAAGCUAUUGCCGAAUCUGUGGACCUCCGUAAAGAAGAGCUUGAGCAAUUGCCACUAGAGUCAUCAAGAAAGAGUCGGUUAAAGAAAUUACCAACAAAGACUCCAAGAACUCCUAGAACGCCUAGAACAGCAAGACCACCCUCUAGGGCAGAAAUGGCUGUACGACGAAAAGAGAUGUUUGGUGAAGGUACUCUAACGAAAAAGCCAAGUGGAAGCUUGCAAGAAAUUGCCAAUUAUGCUGAUUUAGUCGUUGAUAAUCCUCUAUUUGUUUAUAACGACGGGGAGGAGAAGCCUGCAGUUCGACCUAAAACUGCUGGUAAGAGAAUUUCGACCGCAAAGGACGGCUCUAUAGAAAAAUGGAAAAUAAGUAGUCAUGUUUACAAGAUCGGUCCUCGUUCCUGGAGACCAGAUAGUAGUUUAGCAAAUAGGAUUGUGGAAAAUCAAAUGAGAGAUCACAUGAGUGAUGAAAAUAAUAUUGAUAUGUUGGCUCUUAUGCGGCCUGAAGAGGGAGAAGAAGAGACAGAAAAUGAAAUUAAGAUCUUGUCUUAUAAAUGGAGUGAACAAGACCCAAAAAAAAAUGACCUUAAAUUAACUGAAAACUCAUUAAGCCAGUCGGACUUUAGAACGAGCUCUAUAGAGUUAGAGCAAAGACCUCAAUCAAGGUCAAUAGUCGUAGAUGGUGAUGAUAUGAGUAUUUAUGAUAACUGUGAGAAAAAUCACGAAGAUCAUAAGGAAGAUAAUGAAGCACUUAAUCAACUGGAAUGGGAAUUAGCAUCAGAACAAGGGCUAAUAGAUGAGGAUGGAAAAAUCUCAAGAAUGCAAUUUCUUUCGCAAGAUGAAGAUGAGAAAGAUAUUACACCUAAAAACUCAUUUGAUUUGGAAAAGCAACUAAAUGAAGGAGACAGACUAUACGACGACUUUGAAGAAAUGGAAGCUGAGUUUUUAUGCGAAGACGAAGUGUGUAAAUUAAAGUAA